AUUCAUAAACGUGCGCCACAACGACCCGCCACAGUACCAAGCGACGUUUACAUUUCACAUAAGACAAAGACCAAUGUCAUAAUCAAACGCGUCCGACAAUUAAUGGUCAAUGAAAAAUAUAAGCAAGUGACACUUCACGGUAUGGGCGCUCAACUUUUGAAAACAGUUCAAAUUGCCCAAGCCAUCCAGCGGACGCUCCACAACCAAAUCGAUCUGCGACCUACAACGGGAACGGUCACCUUGGUAGACGAUAUUAUUCCAGAUGAUAUGGUAGGCAUCUUGCAAGUGUGGCAUACUGUACACUCUUGCUUCUUAGGAUCGCGAUAG